GUUCGUCUGUCCAUUAUGACGACUGUGAUGAGAGGCUAAAAAAAAAGCUGCUCACAGGAAGCGAGGUGGAACGCAGCUGAGCUAAACAUGUCAACUGAUAUGGAGACCUGACCAAGCAAACAUCUGGAGGAAAGAGGAUUGAUCAGCAUGACGGGUCCGCUGCACGAUUCCCACAGGCUUUCGGUAAAAACAUGGACAGAGGAGGAGAGUGACCGUGCUGAGAGCACACUUAGCAGAGGCCAAUCGAUAUGCGAUGACACUUCUUCAGAGCUGCAGAGAAUGGCAACCAUUGAAAGGAAUUCCCAGAGUUCCUUUCGAGGACGAGGGGCACUUUCCAGAAUAGUAAGUAUGGUGAUGACCCUGAGGGAAUGGGCCCAGAAGAGCCUGGCCGAGGAGACAGAGCGGCCUGAUUCCUUUCUGGAGCGCUUCAGGGGCCCGGCCAAUGUGGACAUGCAGGCCCCGCCCAGCAGGUUCAGCCAGAGCCGCACAGGUUCUGAGACAGAGAAUGAAACCAGACGCUCCCGGCGCAAGAGGAAGAAGUGGAAAGUUGUGGUUCUAUCCCCAUCUGAUGAUUCCUACUACAACUGGCUAAUAGUGAUCGGGGCAGCAGUUUUUUAUAACUUCACCCUGUUGGUUGUAAGGGCCUGUUUUGAUGAGCUUCAGAUGAAAAAUGUCCAGGUGUGGCUUGUGCUGGAUUACAUCUGUGAUGGAGUCUACAUACUGGAUAUAGCUGUCCGUCUUCACACAGGUUUUUUAGAUCAAGGCUUAUUGGUGAAGGAUGUGCGUCGUCUGAGAGAAGCCUACAUCCGAACAUUACAGUGUACACUGGACAUCUGCUCCAUCCUCCCCACGGACCUCCUGUACCUCAUAGCUGGAAUGAGCUACACUCCUCUGCUCCGAUUCAAUCGUCUGCUGCGGCUGCCGCGCCUCUUCGAGUUCUUUGAACGAACAGAAACACGGACGAGCUAUCCGAACACGUUCCGCAUCUGCAAGCUUGUCCUGUACAUCCUGGUGAUCAUACAUUGGAACGCCUGUGUGUACUACAGUUUCUCCAAAGUCCUGGGUCUAGGCUCCGACUCAUGGGUUUAUCCCAACGCCUCUGACCCGGAGUUUGGCUCCCUGGCCAGAAGCUACAUAUACUGUCUGUACUGGUCAACUCUGACACUCACCACCAUUGGCGAGACCCCUCCUCCUGUCAGAGAUGAGGAAUAUCUCUUCUUGAUAUUCGACUUUCUGGUUGGUGUUCUGAUUUUCGCCUCCAUUGUUGGCAAUGUUGGAGCCAUGAUCUCCAACAUGAACGCAACGCGGGUAGGCUUUCAAACCCGCGUCGAUGCCCUCAAACACUACAUGCACUUUAGACAUGUCAGCAAGGUCCUAGAGCAGCGCGUCAUUCGCUGGUUUGACUACCUUUGGACCAAUCAGAAGACGAUAGAUGAACAAGAAGUGCUGAGGAGCUUGCCAAAUAAACUGCGUGCAGAGAUCGCUAUUAAUGUUCAUCUGGACACACUGAAGAAGGUGCGUAUUUUCCAGGAUUGCGAGGCAGGUCUCCUCGUGGAGUUGGUGUUGAAACUUCGACCCCAAGUUUUUAGUCCUGGUGAUUACAUCUGCAGAAAGGGUGAUGUGGGUAAAGAGAUGUACAUCAUUAAAGAGGGCCACCUGGCGGUGGUGGGGGACGACGGAGUCACCCAGUUUGCUGUCCUGACCGCAGGGAGCUGCUUUGGAGAAAUUAGCAUCCUGAACAUCAGUGGCAGCAAGAUGGGGAACCGACGCACCGCCAACAUAAGGAGUCUGGGCUACUCGGACCUGUUCUGCCUUUCCAAGCAAGACCUGAUGGAGGCACUUCAAGAGUUUCCCCACGCCAGGACCCAGCUGGAGCAGAGGGGGAGGGACAUUCUUCAGAAGGAAGGGCUUUUGGAGGAGGUGAAUGUGUCUGCUGGAGAAGAGCUGGAGGAGAAGAUGGGGAGGCUGGAAACCAGCCUGGACCGUCUGCAGACAUGUUUGGCCCGCCUGCAGAGUGAGUUCAACUCUUCCCAGCUUCGACUGAAAAAGAGACUCACAGCCCUCGAACAGAACUUCACAGCAGCCACCGGCAGCGGCUUCCUGUCAGACGCCGACGGCAGCGAGAGCGUCUCUGGCUGCGACUUUGUACGAAGUGAAAUCAACAUCCGACUCUGAAAGCUCAAUUUACACACCUGUCAGCAAUACUCGUCCAGCAAAUACUGCUGUUAUUUUGUUAUUUAUUUUUCCGAUAACUUGUGUAGACUUAACUUGAUGUACAGCGUUUUGCUAAAAUAUUUGUAAUCCUUGAGCAGUUUUAGAUUUGGUCUUUUUUUUUUUUAACCACAACCUCCAAUUUAUUAAAUUUUAGUGAGAGAACAACACAUAAUUGUAAAUUGGAAGGAAAAGGGCAUACAGUUUCUGGCAAUUUUUUAAUCUAAAUUUAAAUAAAUUAUAAAUUUACAUAAAAAUGUGUAAAAUAUGGCAAGCUGUCAUGUUUGGACUUUCUGGACUGAUUUUCCACUGAUUUUAGCCAUCAGUCGCUAUCAGCUCAGUCACCUCCCAGCCACCACUCAGCACCUCAGCAGCUCCACCUGCUGCCACUAAUUACCUCCACCUGUUCUCCACCUGCCUUUAUAUACCUGCCUCACUCAACACUCUCUGCCAGAACGUCUCGUCUUGUCUUAUGUGCACUGCUGCCAAGAUUUCUGCCCAUUCUGGUGGUUCUUUGGCCUGCAUCAUAUGUUGUGGUCAGCUCAUGCCUUCAUCAUCGGUUCUGAUCUGUCACUGCCUGCAACUCCUGUCCUCGCUCAGCUGACUUCAAUACCUACAUCUUCUGGUCCCCUCCACAUUCCUUUCUGCCUGCCUCGUCUGCCAGUAUUCAACUUUCCUUCAAUAAACCUUUUCAAAACGUAACUCUGUGUUGGGCUGAAUAUCGGGUUCCCCAGCUCUACUCAUUACAGCAAGCCUUUGGAUUGAGUGCCACUGAGUCGUCACUUUCUGGAACCCGUGUUUGCUGCAAUUGCCAAUCUUUUGGGGGAAUUUUUCCAACAGCUUUUCACAUCAAGAGAUUCAAAUGGUGAUUUUCUUUUUUGUUUUUGCUAAAUGACUGAAAUGCAGUUAUUUCAGUACUUGUCUCUCCAAGAAUUUCACCUUGCAUUUCCAUCGAUCCAGAGCAUUCCACUCGGCAUAGGUGAACAUCUGCUGCUAAUCUCAAGUACAUUGAGCUUUUCUUGCAGAGUUGCUCUGUCAGUAAUGUUUUUUUUUGCAGUGCACCCUAGUGCAGGCAGGCAGAAGCAGCACAGUGAGUUAAAGAAAAACGUACAACUUGGCAAAGAGGUAAGCAGAAGCCGGCUUGGCAUGAAAACAGCUGAAGACAUGAUGUGGCAUGGCAACAGCAUUCCCCUGUGAGGAGUGAAUGAAAUCACCAGUAUUAAUUGUACUGUGCAGGUGAAGACAAUGAGACUGAUUGGCAUAAACAGGUGGACUGAGUGACAAUGUUUAAGGCUUAAGGUGGCAGUGGCUGAGAGUAGGAACAAAACAUGACUGGGACAGAAAUAAAGUGAUCAAUCUGACAGAAAACCCCCAAAACAAAACAUAUUAGGAACUAAACAGAAAUAACUGCAAGAAUAGGUAAAAUGGAAAAAAAAUGGGAUGAUAGAAGAUAAUCUAAAGAGAAAAAACCUAAACAAAGAACAAAGAAAAUGUAACUAUAAGACUAGACCUGUAGAAUUUCACAAGAAAAAUACUGAAAGAUGAGAUGCUCUUAUUCAGCUCCGUCCAUCUUACCAUCAGCUUUGUCCAGUUUCCACAUCUCUGGAAACGCAUCCCCACAGCAUGAUGUUGUGACCACCAUGUUUCACCUUUUGGAGGGUGUAUUCCAGUUGAUAUGGUGAUUUACUUUUCCUCCACCAGCCUUUUGCAUAUAAAACAAAAUGCUCAGAUUUAGUAUCAUCUAAGCUUCUGCCUUCUUCCACACGUUUGUUGUGUCCCCUAUAUGUCUUGUAAACUUAGAUAUCUAUUUUUCAUCAAUCUCUUUUUUUCUGGCAUCUCUUCCAGAAAGGUCAGAUUUGUGGAGUGCAUGACCUACUGUUGCUCUGUUAACAGUUUUCCCAUCUGAGCUAUGAAACUCCGCAGCUCCUCCAGAGCUACACUGGGUCUCUUGGGCACCACUUUAAUUUCUGCUCUCUCCACCCUGCCCGUUAGUUUAUGUUUAGAGCCAAGUAUGGGUUGCUCUCCUAGAUGCUCUUUGUUCACCAAAGUUCUCUAACAAGCCUUCAAAGUGCAGCCGCAUUUACACUGAGAUUAUGUCUCACUCAAGGGGACUCUACUGAAUAAUUAGGUGGCCUGGGAAGUUAAGUGGAAAAUUUGAUUCAGGCAUAUCAGACUAAAUGGACUUAAUACAAAUACGCACAACACUUUUCAGAGUCUUAUUUGCAAAAAA